AUGAUUGAUAUGUUUGAUCGAUUUGAUGUGGAGUUCAUCUUUGCUGGUGCAGGCAAGGCUUUUCACAGAUGCUUGGUUCUUCUGCCGCAGGCUUCAGCGACAGUUGCCAUCCCCAAGGAGCACCACCGUUUUGUCAUUGGAAAGAAGGGUGAGAAGCUGCAGGACCUGAAGCUCAAAACUGCAACCAAAAUGCAGAUCCCCCGCCCAGAUGACCCCAGCAACCAGAUCAAGAUCAGCGGCACUAAAGAAGGGAUUGAGAAGGCCCGGCACGAGAUCCUGCUUAUCUCCGCUGAGCAGGAUAAGCGUGCCGUGGAGCAGCUGGACGUGGAGAAAGUGUACCACCCUUUCAUUGCUGGCCCUUACAACAAGCUGGUGAGGGAGCUCAUGCAGGACACAGGGACGCGCAUCAACAUUCCUCCACCCAGUGUCAACAAGACCGAGAUAGUCUUCACCGGAGAAAAGGAGCAACUAGCCCAGGCUGUGGCUCGCGUUAAGAAGAUCUAUGAGGAGAAGAAAAAGAAGACUACUACUAUUGCCGUGGAGGUGAAGAAGUCCCAGCACAAGUAUGUCAUCGGCCCCAAGGGGAAUUCCCUGCAGGAGAUCUUGGAGAAGACUGGAGUCUCUGUCGAGAUCCCACCCACUGACAGGAGCUCGGAGAUGCUGAUACUGCGAGGCGAGCCUGAGAAACUUGGGCAAGCAUUGGCUGAAGUCUAUGCAAAGGCCAACAGUUUUACCGUCUCCUCGGUCUCUGCCCCCUCUUGGCUUCAUCGUUUCAUUAUCGGAAAGAAAGGACAGAACCUGGCCAAAAUAACUCAGCAGAUGCCAAAGGUGCAUGUGGCUCAGGAACAGAUUGAAGCCAUGGUCAAGGAACUGGUUGAAAACAGCUUUUCUAUUUCUGUCCCCAUCUGCAAACAGUUCCACAAGAACAUCGUAGGGAAAGGAGGUGCCAACAUCAAGAAGAUCCGUAAAGAAAGCAACACCAAAAUUGAUCUCCCAGCAAAGAACAGCAGCUCGGAGACAAUUGUUAUCACAGGCAAGAGGGCAAACUGUGAGGCUGCUCGCCACAGGAUUCUUGCCAUCCAGAAGGAGCUGGCCAACAGCACAGAGGUGGAGGUCUCUAUUCCUUCCAAACUGCACAGUUCCCUCAUUGGUGCCAAAGGCCGCUUCGUCUGCUCCAUCGUCAAGGAGUGUGGUGGAGUCCACAUCCACUUCCCCACCAAGGGCUCUGGCAGUGACACCGUGAGCAUCAGGGGCCCAGCCCAGGGUGUGGAGAAAGCCAAGAAACAGCUGCUGCACCUGUGAAACAG